AUGAAAACCCCAUCCCAUCAUCCAGCACAAACAGAAGAGGACGAAAACGAAACCGAAAACGAAUCGGAAAAGGAAAAGAAAAAGGAAAAAGUCCCAGUACCCACACAUUACACCACUACGGUACACCUCCCCAACACCACACCCAACCACCCAAAAUCCAAUCCAACCACCAAACACGAUAUACACGUCGUCAAUCUCGAACCCCCAAUCCCCUCCCCCGAGCCCCCGCCUGCCAUCGGCCCAGCGAGCGAAAACGAAAACGCGACGCGUGUUGAAGAAACAGGGGGGUUUUUGUGGUCGAGGUUGGAAUGGACCGGGGCGAGUUUGGCACUUGCGCAUGCAUCUGUUGGGUAG